CUAUUGUUGAAGCAUUCAGUGGAUAAUGUCGAACCCGCGGGCCCCUUGUCUGUUCUUUCUAAUAUGUGCUGCCGUGAUGACAACGACAUUGGCGCAAACUUUUUACCCUUCCAGAAUCAUCUUACGUGGACAUAGUGCAACAUCGUUUCUUACAAAUGUGGCAAAUCCUUCACCUAUUGGUGUGUCUAUAACUGUGAUUAAUAAUACAGAUGUAAUACCAGCUCCACGUUGUGAUGGACAAAACAGCACAGAGACCUGGGUAACAUCUCUGGUUCCUUUGCAAAAUGUGAAUGCCUAUGUGUUCACCCUCAGUUUGAAUCAGACACCUUGCACCCAGAAUGUGACUAAUUGCUGCACCGAUGUGCCUUGCUUUGUGCAGACUCUUCAAAUUUCUGCUUGUGUGAAUAAUACUUCUAUUGCCACAUUGCUUGUUGAAGCAGAAAUCUAUAGUAAUACAACUUUCUCUGGGACCAUUUCUGGCAAUGCAACAUUAAUACCAGUCCAGGCCUACCAGCCACUUGGACCCUGUCCUUGCAAUCUAACAGCCGGGGUUUGUGAUGUUCGCUGUUGUUGUGAUACGGACUGCAACUCCAACAUGACUGGGCUGUUUAAUGGAUUCUGUUAUACUGGUAUUUUUGGGGGAAAUGUUACUCCACCUUUUGAUCAGCUUUGCAGUGUCCAGACAAUCAACAGAUCGCCUGACUGGUAUCCAUUUCUGUGUGUCCAGUCCUCUCUUAACAAUUCUCCGUUUCUGGGCUAUUUCUACCAAGGGUCAAUAGCGCCCUCUAUCCAGUCUGUGUCUUUCAGUCUGGUUUCCCCAUCAGUUCCAUCAGCAAUAUCUGGCUUUUAUAAACAAGGAGAUGCUAUAAUGAACCCCACUGGAAAUAAUCAGUAUUUCACAAUCCCACAGCAAUCAACCAUUGGGGGGUGUGAGAAUAAUGCACCUGUGGCUUACCUGCAGGAUUUCAAUGCUACGUGUGUUACUACUCUGUCUACAUGUUCAAGUAUUUUGAACCCUGAUUUAAAUCAGUCAGCCAUUGGAGGUAUUGUAUUUACCAAUGCGCAAGAUCAAAACAUUAGCUUGGACCAGUAUCUUACAUACACAGGACCUGCCCUGCCCCAGCCUAUUCCUUGUGGAAAUGUCAUUUUGUCUGCAGACUACACAUUCUAUUGGCAGGCCAAUUAUCUAAUAUUAAUAAAUGUUACUGUUCUAAUGGCCCAAGUGAACUUAACUAAUCAAGGAGCACAACUGACACAAAGAUUCACUGCAACUUUUCUUAAUGGAAGCAGAUCAUCAGCCAGUCUCUCUGGAAAUCCAGGAUACCAAGUAGGCAAGCCUGUAAUAGCAGCAAAUGGAAGCUCAACACCAGUCAUUAGAACAGAGAUUAAUCUUUGGAAACCUGUUAGCAAUAAUAUAUGUUCCUCCACCACACCAGUUUUGUUUGGGCAAAAUUCAUUUUCUGGGUGCCUUCUGAAUUUGAAUGAAUUAAACUGCACACAGCUAAGAAACACAGUAAUUACUCAUCUAAGAGCCUUGGUUCCAGCUGAUUUCAUAGCAAUGAGAGGCAACUCUAAAACCAAUGACCUGGGUGAAUGGGUACAGAUAUUUUAUGAAGAGCCCAACAUAACAUGUAUUGGAAAUUGUGGUGCUGAAAGUUUAACCUGUUUAAAUGUUCCAGCUAAUAUGAAUAUCCAAAUCAUGACAGCUGUGAUUGGCGCAGUAGAAGGAAUUUUUCAGGAAGAGAUUCUUGCAGCCAAAAUAAGCUUUUCCACAGUGACUGUAGAUUGCAUCUCCAACUGCACACUGUCCCUUCCAGUGAGCACUUCAGUUCAGUUCAUCAGUGUCCCUGCACAGCCUCCUGCCAUGAUUACUAGGUUUCAAUUGAACGCAACAGACUAUGACUGUGAGAAGAAUGAAGUUUGCUGGCAACAGCUUGCAUACCCAAUGACACAGUAUUAUACAGGGGAGCCACAUUAUCUGACCCUUGCAAAGGGAAUGAUACUGGUUUUCUUCUUUAUAGUGUCAUCAGUUUUGGGUGGACCAUGGAAUAGAAUCCGAAAGGCCUGGAAUAAUAAUACAUUCUAAUUAAAUCUGUUAUAUAUUUUAUGUUGUAUAUAUUUCAAAGAAAAUUCUCUAUUUUUGUUUGGGAAUGUAAAUAUAAAUACGUAGAUGCAUUUUUUUACUGUUUCUACAAUUUCCUUUGUAUUGCAUGUAUACUUUUGUACAUAUUGAAAUAUAAGAGCAUAUCAGUAAAAAUUCUGUUCAAUUAAAUGGUUUUAUUAGGA